CAAUAUACUUAAGAAAAAGUUUCUGACUGUAGUUCUAAAGGUUCUGCAACAACUUUGGCAGUAGCAGUAUUUCAGAUUCUUGUCGAAAGAUGGCAGCGAAAUUGCGAGCCCGUGAUAUAUGCGACGAUCCUCGCUUGGUCGCCCCACUACCAUAUUUGAAUUUUCUACGCUUUUUCAAGCGCAAGCAUCCGCGCUUUGGACUGCGGCGUCUCCUGCAGGAGGCACCCGCUCAUUGGGAUGCGAUGACCGAGGGGCAGAAGCACUUGUUUGAGAAGCAGCGAAUGCUGGGAAGAAUUGCACGCGCAAACAAACGUCCGCGCCUGGUGGCUGGAAGAGUACGUCACAGCAUCUAUAACAGACGACGCCGGCCAAACGCUAACCGCCAGCUGAGAAGGCGCAAUCGACGCAAGUGAGGGAACAAAGGCCGGUCACAAUAAGUUCACAAAAUUAUAGUUUUAUCGAUUACUUAUAAAGAUUUUGUUUUAAUUGACCGCAAAACUA